AUGUGGAGAGAAAAGGCUGCUGAGGUUCGCCAUGUUCCAGAGUCAUUCACAAUGGAACCCACCCAGGAUGUUAUGGAGACCCCAGCCAGGGACCUGGGCGCCCUUCUGGGCGCAUGGGACGGAGAAGUCGUCACACUGUUGGCGGACGGCACCCGUCUCGUGGCGCACAGGACCGUGUUGGGCGAACGGAGUCCCGUGUUUGGCGGCAUGUUUCGCCACGACUCACUGGAAGCCAACGCCGGCGAGGUCGCAGUCCAGGACUUGGAGGGCCCGGUGCUCCGCCAGCUGAUCGCCUACCUCUACACCCUCCAGGCCCCUCAGCUGCCCAGCCUGGUCCCUCAGCUGCUGGCAGCCGAUGAUAAAUACGGCGUGUCGGCCCUGAAAGCUCGGUGCGAGCAGGUCGUGGCCGCUCAGCUGUCCGUCGAGACUGCGGCGGCCACAGCUGUUCUGGCGAUCAGGCACUCCUGCACUAGCCUCAGGCAGGCCGCCGUUAACUUCAUCAAGGCCAACGUCACGCAGGUUAUGACCAUACAGGGCUGGGCUGACGCAGAGAAGAACAGCAGGCUGAUUCAGGCAGCGAAGGAGGAUUCAGUUACCGGGUUGCAGAUGCUGCUGGCGGCUGAUGCGGACGUGGGGGCGAAUGAGGAGAGCGAGGACAGGGGGACCACCCUCCACUGGGCAGCAAACAAGGGACACGCGAAGGCAGCGAGGUGCCUGGUGAAGGGUGGAGCAGACGUGGACGCCAGGGCUGCAUACUAUGGCCAUGAGGCUGUGGCGCGGCUGCUGCUAGAGGCAGGGGCGGAGGUUGAUGCCACGAACAAAACGCAGAGCACACCCUUGCUCUUGGCUGCAGUGAAAGAGCACACGGCGGUGGUGCGGCUGCUACUGGCCUCCACGCCUUACCGCAGCGCCAGGAAACAGUGGGGGCGAACGCCGCUACACGAGGUGGCUCUGAACGGCCACGCAGAGGUGACCUCUGCACUGCUCGAGGCAGGGGCCGGCCAGACCACCAGGGAUAACCAGGGAAAAACCCCACUGCAAAUAGCCAGGUAA